UAUAAGUUACCAACACGUCCUGUCUCCUCAAUAUAGAAAUGGGUGGAAUCCUUUCUCGGUGGCGGGCAAAGCCUUCCACCAUAGAUGUUUUGGAAAAAAUUGAUAAGGAUAUUCAGGCACUUGAAGAAUUCAGAGAGAAAAAUCAAAGGCAGCAGAAACUAUGGGUUGGAAGACUUCUCCUCUAUUCAUCCAUUCUUUACCUUAUUACCUGUCUGGUUAUCUAUUUUUGCUACCUUCCUGAUGACUGGACAGCAAGGUUCAUUAUGACACUCCCACUUUUUGCAUUUCCAGUUAUAGUCUGGACUAUAAGAACUCUCCUCAUUUUCUUCUUUUCUAAAAGAACAGAAAGGAAUAAUGAAGCCUUAGAAGAUCUAAAGUCUCAGAAGAAAAAAAUACUUGAAGAAGUAAUGGAAAAAGAAACUUACAAGGCUGCUAAAUUAAUCCUUGAAAGGUUUGAUCCAGAAGCCAAGAAGGCAAAGGAUGUUGAACCGCCAUCUGCUGGAGCAUCUGCAGUUCCAAGACCCGGCCAAGAGCUUCGGCAUCGGACCCCAGUGCGAGGGAGUGUGUCCCCCCCAGUUGCACCAAAGCAGGGGUCUCCAAAAAUGAUGGGUCCCGGGUUGGCAUCUCCCGACUUGCAGAGAGAGACUUCAGCUCCUGGCGGACCUCCAGAGAGGGCGCUUGCAUCAGCUUCACCGCCCAACGUGUUGCUGAGACAUCCUGGAACCCGUGCCACUUCAAUGCCUGGAAUGGGUCUUCAUCCUCCAGGCCCUCCACUGGCAAGACCUAUUCUUCCUCGAGAGAGAGGAGCAUUGGAUAGAGUUGUUGAAUAUCUGGUUGGAGAUGGUCCACAAAACAGAUAUGCACUGAUUUGCCAACAGUGUUUCUCACAUAAUGGAAUGGCUUUGAAAGAAGAGUUUGAAUAUAUUGCGUUCAGGUGUGCCUACUGCUUUUUCCUGAAUCCUGCAAGAAAAAUAAGGCCACAAGCUCCGCGACUCCUCGAUUUCAGUGCUGAAAAGAAGCAGCCUGCCGAGUUGGAGAAAACUGCAGAAUCACUGGAGUCUGAGGAAGAAAAGCUACAAAUGGUUGACGGCAUGUAUAAAUCUAACUAUAGCAAACCUUUAGAAGAUGCUCCCCCAGUUCCUGAGGUGGACCAGGAUGAUGACGAAGCAUUGAGUACCGACGAGCCCAGCGACAAGGCGGAGGAGGAAGCCGAGGGGGAGCCGUCAGCAAGCAAAGGAACGCCUGCAGCUAUGAAACACGAGUCCACAGUUCCAGCUGACCAAAGAGAAGAACUCCUGGCAGAUGCUGAAUAA